UUAGCGAGUAUGAUGUCAUCGGGGGAGGAUGAGGAGCAGGCUGCAGCUGAUGAACAGGAGAGAUCCGAUUUAUGGCAACAGACGUUACAGGCGGCCGUGGCAGCGUCAUCAUCACAAGAUGCGACGAAAAAGAGGCCGGCUCAACGGAAACCUCUUCGACAGACGAACGUCGUCGAGAGGUCCGAACGGUCGCUUCUCUGCCUCUCCUUAAAUAAUCCCAUCCGAAAAUUGUGCAUCAGUAUUGUUGAAUGGAAACCAUUCGAGUUUUUAAUAUUGUUUAUGAUAUGUGCCAACUGUAUCGCUCUAGCCAUCUAUCAACCCUAUCCAGCUCAAGAUUCAGAUUAUAAAAAUACAUUACUUGAAACCAUUGAAUACGUGUUCAUUGUUGUAUUCACGAUAGAAUGUGUACUCAAAAUAGUGGCGAUGGGGUUUCUAUUCCAUCCCAGCGCAUAUCUUCGAAACGCAUGGAAUAUUCUCGAUUUUAUUAUUGUUGUAAUAGGUCUUGUGAGUACGAUAUUAUCCAAAAUGUCAAUUCAAGGAUUCGAUGUGAAAGCGUUGAGAGCAUUUCGUGUCCUUCGACCUCUUCGUCUUGUAUCCGGAGUUCCGAGUUUACAAGUCGUGCUCAACGCCAUCCUCCGAGCAAUGAUUCCACUUCUUCACAUUGCUUUGUUGGUUCUUUUCGUCAUCUUGAUCUAUGCCAUCAUCGGAUUGGAAUUGUUCUGCGGAAAAUUACAUUCCACUUGUAUAGAUCCAGCAACAGGACAACUGGCACAAAAAGAUCCAACACCCUGUGGUAACGAUGGAAGUGCGUUCAAGUGUCGACCAUCUGAUUCUCUGACGAAUAUGGGUGUCCGAUGGGAAUGCUCCAGCAACACCACGUGGCCUGGUCCCAACAAUGGAAUCACAAACUUUGAUAACUUUGGACUGGCUAUGUUAACAGUAUUCCAAUGUGUAUCACUGGAAGGAUGGACAGAUGUCAUGUACUGGGUGAACGAUGCUGUUGGAAGAGAAUGGCCUUGGAUAUAUUUUGUCACUCUCGUUAUCCUUGGAUCCUUUUUCGUCCUCAAUCUCGUUUUGGGAGUGUUGUCCGGAGAAUUCUCGAAAGAAAGAGAAAAGGCGAGAGCAAGAGGAUUAUUCCAGAAGUUUCGAGAAAAGCAGCAAUUGGAAGAAGACUUGAAAGGGUACUUGGACUGGAUUACGCAGGCAGAAGACAUCGAACCAGUGAACGAAGAUGAGCAGGAAGACGAACCAGCUGCAGCAGCAGUGACUGGUGAAGAAGUGGAUGAAGAGGGAGAAGAACGAGUGGAAGAUGUUCGACCGAGUAAAUGGUCAGCUAGGGUAAAACGAUUGGAGAAGUUUAAUAGGAGAUGUCGAAGAGCAUGCAGACGAUUGGUGAAGAGUCAAACAUUUUAUUGGCUUGUUAUCCUUCUCGUGUUGUUGAAUACGUUAGUAUUGACAUCUGAACACUAUGGACAAUCCGAAUGGCUCGACCACUUCCAAACAAUGGCCAACUUGUUCUUCGUAAUUCUGUUCUCAAUGGAAAUGCUUCUGAAGAUGUAUUCUCUUGGAUUCACCACAUACACAACAUCACAGUUCAACAGAUUCGAUUGUUUUGUCGUUAUCAGUUCGAUUCUCGAGUUCGUUCUCGUCUAUUUCGAUUUGAUGAAACCACUCGGAGUGUCUGUGUUGCGUUCUGCACGUCUUCUGAGAAUAUUCAAAGUCACCAAAUACUGGACGUCGCUGAGAAAUUUGGUCUCUUCCCUGUUGAACUCUCUCCGAUCCAUCAUCUCUCUUCUGUUACUUCUCUUCUUGUUCAUCGUGAUUUUCGCGUUGCUGGGAAUGCAAGUAUUCGGAGGAAAAUUCAACUUCAAUCCACAACAACCAAAGCCAAGAGCCAACUUUGAUACAUUCGUCCAAGCCCUGCUGACAGUGUUCCAGAUUCUGACUGGUGAAGAUUGGAAUACUGUAAUGUACCAUGGAAUUGAGUCUUUCGGAGGAGUCGGAACUCUCGGAGUCAUCGUAUGCAUUUAUUAUAUUGUACUUUUCAUCUGCGGUAACUAUAUCCUUCUGAAUGUCUUCUUGGCUAUUGCUGUAGACAAUCUGGCAGAUGCAGACAGUUUAACAAAUGCUGAAAAAGAAGAAGAACAACAAGAGAUUGAAGGAGAAGAUGAAGAAUUCGAUGAAGGAGAAGAAGAAGGAGACGAGCAUGGAGCAGAAGAACCAGAAGGAGAAGAAGACAUGACAUCAGCUCGACCAAGGAGAAUGAGUGAAGUACCGGCGGCAAGUACGGUCAAACCGAUUCCAAAGGCUUCUUCGCUGUUCAUUUUGAGUCACACGAACUCCUUUCGUGUCUUCUGUAACAUGGUCGUCAAUCACUCCUACUUCACCAACGCAGUUCUUUUCUGUAUUCUGGUAUCAUCUGCUAUGUUAGCUGCUGAAGAUCCACUACAGGCAAACUCCACCAGAAAUAUGGUUCUGAACUACUUUGACUAUUUCUUCACAUCGGUCUUCACUGUGGAAAUAACUCUGAAAGUCAUCGUCUUCGGAUUGGUAUUCCACAAAGGAUCGUUCUGUCGAAACGCUUUCAAUCUUCUCGAUAUUCUUGUCGUUGCUGUCUCCUUGACAUCUUUCGUUCUCCGAACCGAUGCAAUGUCCGUCGUCAAGAUUCUUCGUGUGCUCCGUGUGUUGCGUCCACUUCGUGCUAUCAACAGAGCCAAAGGACUGAAACAUGUGGUGCAAUGUGUGAUUGUAGCUGUGAAGACUAUCGGAAACAUCAUGUUGGUCACAUUCAUGUUACAAUUCAUGUUUGCCAUUAUCGGAGUUCAAUUAUUCAAAGGAACCUUCUUCCUUUGUAACGAUCUUUCGAAGAUGACAGAAGCAGAAUGUCGUGGAGAAUACAUUCAUUACGAAGACGGAGAUCCAACGAAGCCAGUUUCAAAGAAAAGAGUCUGGUCCAACAACGACUUCAAUUUCGAUAACGUCGGAGAUGCAAUGGUUUCUCUUUUCGUCGUUUCCACAUUCGAAGGAUGGCCACAACUUCUCUACGUGGCAAUUGAUUCGAAUGAAGAAGACAAGGGACCUGUUCACAAUUCAAGACAAGCUGUUGCUCUAUUCUUCAUCGCUUUCAUCAUUGUCAUCGCCUUCUUCAUGAUGAACAUCUUCGUCGGUUUCGUUAUCGUUACGUUCCAAAACGAAGGAGAAAGAGAAUACGAGAACUGUGAAUUGGAUAAGAAUCAAAGAAAGUGCAUCGAGUUCGCAUUGAAAGCCAAACCACACAGAAGAUACAUUCCACGCAACCGUCUUCAAUACAGAGUUUGGUGGUUCGUCACUUCGAGAGCUUUCGAAUACGUCAUUUUCCUGAUUAUCGUGAUGAAUACGGUAUCACUGGCAUGCAAACAUUACCCCAGCUCGCGAGGAUUUGAGGACUUUUUGGAUGUGUUCAAUUUGAUUUUCACCGGAGUUUUCGCAUUUGAAGCUGUCCUCAAAAUCGUUGCAUUGAAUCCCAAGAAUUACAUCUCGGAUCGAUGGAAUGUGUUCGAUUUACUGGUUGUAGUCGGAUCGUUCAUUGAUAUCACCUACGGAAAAUUGAAUCCAGGAGGAACAAAUCUCAUUUCCAUCAACUUCUUCCGUCUUUUCCGUGUCAUGCGUCUCGUCAAACUGUUAUCUCGCGGAGAAGGAAUUCGAACUCUUCUCUGGACAUUCAUGAAAUCCUUCCAAGCUCUUCCGUACGUCGCUUUGCUCAUCGUCCUGCUCUUUUUCAUUUAUGCUGUCAUCGGAAUGCAAUUCUUCGGAAAAGUUGCCCUCGACGACUCCACAUCUAUACACAGAAACAAUAACUUCCAUUCGUUCCCGGCUGCUAUUCUGGUUUUAUUCAGAUCAGCUACCGGAGAAGCCUGGCAGGACAUUAUGCUCUCGUGUUCGGACCGUGAAGAUGUUCGUUGUGAUCCAAUGUCUGACGACUACAGCAAAGGAGGAUUUAAUGAGUCAAGAUGUGGAAACAACUUUGCUUAUCCAUAUUUCAUCUCAUUCUUCAUGCUUUGCUCUUUCCUCGUUAUCAAUCUCUUCGUCGCCGUUAUUAUGGAUAAUUUCGAUUAUCUCACCAGAGAUUGGUCGAUUCUCGGACCUCACCAUCUAGAAGAAUUUGUCAGGUUAUGGUCAGAAUACGAUCCAGAUGCUAAAGGAAGAAUCAAACAUCUUGACGUUGUCACAUUGCUCCGUAAAAUAUCUCCACCCCUCGGAUUCGGAAAACUAUGCCCACAUCGUCUUGCCUGUAAACGUUUGGUAUCAAUGAAUAUGCCCCUGAACUCGGACGGUACCGUAUGUUUCAACGCGACACUCUUCGCUCUCGUUCGUACCAAUUUGAAGAUCUAUACUGAAGGAAACAUCGAUGAGGCGAACGAGCAAUUGAGAUCAGCAAUCAAACGGAUCUGGAAAAGAACACACAAAGAUUUGUUGGAUGAAGUGGUACCACCAGCAGGAAAAGAAGAUGAUGUGACCGUUGGAAAAUUCUACGCCACCUUCCUCAUCCAGGACUAUUUCCGAAGAUUCAAGAAGCGAAAGGAGAUGGAGGCAAAGGGAGUGCUGCCAGCUCAAACUCCACAAGCGAUGGCUCUUCAGGCCGGACUUCGCACACUACAUGAAAUCGGACCAGAACUGAAGAGAGCCAUAUCUGGAAACUUGGAAACCGACUUCAACUUUGACGAGCCAGAACCACAACACAGAAGACCUCACUCUCUUUUUAACAAUUUGGUCCACCGACUCUCCGGUGCCGGCGCGAAGUCUCCAACUGAACACGAGCGGUUGGAAAGAGGAGCUACACUUCUCCCAUACGAAGCUCGUUCUUUCUCCCCAACACAUUCUCUUGCCGGAGCCGAAGGUUCACCAGUUCCAUCACAAAUGCAUCGUGGUGCUCCAAUCAAUCAAUCGAUAAAUUUGCCACCAGUCAAUGGAUCCGCUCGACGUCUUCCUGCCCUGCCGCCGUACGCAAAUCAUAUUCACGAUGAGACGGACGACGGCCCCAGGUAUCGGGAUACUGGCGAUCGAGCUGGAUACGACCCAUCACAGAACCGAAUGGUCGUGGCCAACAGAAAAUACGCCGAUGCACGUGUCGUUGGUGCAGCAAGACGAGAAAUCGAGGAAGCGUAUCAAUUAGGUGAACAAGAAAUCGACAUGGCCGCUGACUCAUUGGCACCGUUGAUGCAACACGUUGGAAUGCACGAUAUCCGUGAUAUAAAUGAAAAUUCACGGAGUGCUCUUCUGAGACCAGCUGGAGAAUCAUCACGACGACAACAUGAUUCUCAUGGAGGAUCACAAGAAGAUCUUCUUCUGGUGACCACACUUUAA